AUGAAUGCGACAAGAUACGAGUUUCAAGUGAAUGUUUUCCCUGAACAGCUGGAGGAAUCUGCCCUGUGUCUUCUGCAUACGAUCUUAUUUCAUCGGACAACUGGCAAAUUCAAGUAUCAGAAAAAAGGCGAGUUCCUGAUAGGAACGCUGGGAUAUCAAGAUGUGCAUUGCCAAACUAUCAACCUUACCUACGUGAAGACGGAAUCAGCAGAGCUCCAUACUUGCCUACUGGAGAAUGUUCGACAAUUUGUCCAGCAAUACAAUAGUGGAAAUAAAACACUUACACUUGAGUUCUUCCAAAAGAAAAGAGGUCGAUGGCCUUUUUCAAGUGAGGAGCCAGUGCCAUGGGAGGUUUGGGCGAUCACAUUCGUCGAACCCUCGCAAAACUCCAAGGAAACUCCUGCCGAGUCAGUCGUGACAAACAUGGUCUCCAUUGCUGAGAAGAUCAACAACUCAAACAGUUUCCUUCCAAAAACUCCGAAUCAAUCAGAUCUUGGUCUUGUUUACGAAUGUAAUUUCUGUGACGUUCAACCUUACCUCUUCCGCUGUCAAUAUCAAGGUCAAAUGUCGACGCUCAAAAAGCUUUUCAAAGACGUUUCUCUGUAA